GUUCGCCUGUCCGCGAGCUCCACCACAUCCAUCCGCGCGUUACAUUGCAGGAGGAAUACAAACCUAGCCGAUGUAGGUUAGCUAGGUUAGCUAACGCGAUGGAUUUCAAUGUCAAGAAACUAGCGUCAGAUGCCGGCGUCUUCUUCACCCGUGCUGUUCAGUUCACGGAGGAGAAGUUGGGCCAGGCAGAGAAGACAGAACUGGACGCCCACCUUGAGAAUCUAAUCGCUAGAGGAGACUGCACCAAGAAUUGGACGGAGAAGAUCUUCAGGCAGACUGAAGUGUUGCUACAGCCUAACCCCAUUGACCACACUGGUGCUCGCAUUGAGGAGUUCUUCUAUGAGAAAUUGGACAGAAAGAUCCCAACCAGAACCACCAAUGGGGAGCUGCUGGGACAGUACAUGCAGGAUGCUGCCAAAGACUUUGGACCAGGAACUCCUUAUGGCAGUACAUUGAUCACGGUAGGCGAGUAUCAGAAGAAACUUGGAGGCGCAGAGAGAGAGUUCUUACAAGCAUCGGCUGUCAGUUUUCUCACUCCUCUCCGGAACUUUCUAGAGGGUGACUGGAGAACUAUUUCGAAAGAGAGAAGGCUAUUAGAGAAUCGACGGCUUGACCUAGACGUCUGCAAAGCACGGCUGAAGAAAGCGAAGCUAGCUGAGGCCAAGGCUGCUGCUGCACCUGAUUUUCAGGAGACUAGGCCACGCAAUUAUAUUCUAUCUGCCAGUGCGUCUGCGCUGUGGAGUGAAGAGGUGGACAAAGCCGAGCAGGAACUGCGAGUGGCUCAGACAGAGUUUGACAGACAGGCAGAGGUGACUCGUCUCCUUCUAGAGGGCAUCAGCAGUACACAUGUGAAUCACUUGCGUUGCUUGCAUGAGUUUGUGGAGGCUCAGGCUGCCUACUAUGCUCAGUGUCACAAGCAUAUGCAGGAGCUGCAAAAGGAGCUCAGCAGUGCAAAUGGAGAUGCGUUCCCCAAUGCCUUCGCUGUUAAUGCCUCCACAUCAGGGAUUUCAGCAGGUCCCUCUCCUCUCUCUGGAGGCUCGAUUCCUGGCCAUCCCGCAGCCUCCUCCAGCCCUCUAGAGCCUGCCCCACUGAAAAUCGAGGAGGUGAAGCCUCCAGCCACAGGCACACGCAAGGCCAAAGUGCUGUAUGACUAUGAUGCUGCAGACACAAGCGAGCUGUCAUUGCUUGCUGAUGAGCUUAUCACAGUAUACACAGUUCCAGGCAUGGACCCAGACUGGCUUAUUGGGGAGAGAGGGAAUCAGAAAGGCAAAGUGCCGGUGACGUACCUGGAGCUGCUGAGCUAAACACACUCACACAUGUACACACAUAAACAGAUGCACACAGAGAGAUGCACACGUGCAAUUUAUGUUUAUGACCUUAAGUUUGUCUGAUGAAUGAUAUUACAGGAUGGUUAUGGAAACUUUGCAUGAGCAAGUAUUCAAACAGGUGUAAACACUCUGGGACUACAUGAAGUUGUUUUGUAUUGUUGUUUGAUUGUUUCUAAGUUUAAACUAUUCUUUCACUCCCUUAACCCAAAGGACUCAAAAAGGCUAUACUCAAAAGUGUCUUGCUAAGAGUCUCACAGUAGUGCGUUAAGAGAUCUGACAUCUGCAGAUGCACUACAAUGAUGAGUGGCUACAAUUUGCUUGGUUCUAAGAUGAUUUCAAUCUGUUUUGUUAGAAGUAACUAUGAAAUGUUUGUUUUUCUAGGCAAUACCACUCUUGAUGAAGUAUUACAUAGACAAGCUUGACCACUGAAUAUUAUUAUGAGUGUGUUUUUUGCUUUUUUGACAAACUCCAGAGGCACCAGGUGGAGAUCAAACUGAAAAGAAAACGUCAUUGUUCCUUCAAAUACAAGCUUGUGUCUUUUGUGCUUCCUUUGACAUAUUCACUUCUAUGUUUGGCAGCGUGGCUUUGGUUAUUGAUAAUAAUUUACCGUAAUGAAAAGGACUUUUGUAACAUGGCUGCAAUUUUCCUACAGUAGAUCUGGUAACAUUUUACUGAAGAGCAGCUUUAAGCCACAUACCUUCUUUCAUGAUGACAAAGACAGAAAAAGAAAUAGCAGAUAAAGGGUAAAAGAAGAAGUAAAAAAAGAGGCCGAGAAGCAUGCUGUCAAGUAAUCUGUGCUGAGCUCUAUGUUUGCCAGGAUCAACUCACAUAAGCCUUCAUAAAUAUCUAUGUAGGAUUAUUUCAACAAGCGCUAGUUGUAACAAAAGCUGCUUUUGUCUAUUUUGACGUCAUUUCAUCUCAGUAAGUGUUCAACUGACUCUUGUUGACAUAAACCUUCAUAAACAUCUAUAUAGGUUUAUAUCAGUUGUUUUAAAGGCUUGGGUAGGUCUUGUUCAGCCUAAUGUAGCCUCGUAUAGUCUCAUGAACCUAAAUGUCCUUCAGAAAAGUGUUACUGUAAAUUCUUAUUUUAGAAAGUUACUGUAUAACACUACAGGCCCAUAUCUAUCAUGAAACGGCACACACUUGCACAUCGUGUGAAGUGAUGUUGUUAGCUGUGUAGUUAUUCCUGUGGGGCAGCAGAGUGUUUGAGGGGUUUCACUAUGAUUUCAUACUUUUACACACUCAUUCAGUGGUGUGCUUCUUUUAAAAACAGCUAAUGUUUUAAGGCCUAGAAUUUUUUAAAGGAGAAUAAUUGGAUUGUAUCAGCUGAUACUGAAGACUUCAGAAUCAGUAUCAGAAAAGAAAAAGUGGUUUUUAGAAAAUUAUUAGAAGAUAGUACAGACAGACAGAUGUAUUAACCAGAGGCAAAAAUACUAGGCAUUAUUAUAAAAGUAUUAUACAGUGCUAUAAGAAGUGAAACCUCUUCGUUCUUGUCAGUAUCAAAUAUUUCUCAUGAUGAGAUUGUUGAAAAUUGUUCAACAUAUUUCUACAUGUUUUUUAUUUUCAGUAAUUUAAUCUAGAGAAAUUGUCCUAUUCUGUAUGCAGAUGAGUUUGCUUAUUUUAAAACAAUGUAAAUAAUCUGAAAGAAUCAGAAUAAUCUGCAUAUAGACUGCUGAACUUCACUGGAUAAAAUGUCUUAACACAAGUAAAAAAUGACUGUAGUUACAAGUUAAAUAAUCUCAUAAUAAGAAAAUGUAUAGAUUAUUGACUAGAUCCAAUAUGAUUUCACUUGCCAAGAUAUUAUUUUCAGUGCAGGUAAGGGUAGCGAGGCAAAACAAGAAAGUUUAGAAAGUAUUUAGAAAGUAAAACUGAAGUUAUGGUGUCAGAUUUCCACAUGAAGACAGAUCAUACCUGAUAGCACUAAAUCACAGAAUCCUGGUGAUAAUGAGAUCUGUGAGACUGAGAAUAAUGAUGGGGUUAUAGUAAUUGUAUAAUGCCUAAAUAUUUCCUGUUUGAUGUCUCUUUUGAACAAGCCAUAAAAACACUCUGGAUGUAUCAGGUAACUCCGUGUACUUCCAUCUCGUUACAGCGACUCCUACAGUUUUUAAAUAAGUUCUUCUGUCCUUCUGCAGGAAGAAGCUCCUUAAAAGAGUAAAUAGGUUAUUCACAUCAGACGUUGUUGUGAUUGAGUUAGUGAUGUUUGUGUGUUUUACUGUUUAUCACUGCUUGAAUCGGAGCUGUGUUUAAUGGGGGCAGGACGAACUGGUGUAGGCCCUGGGUUCAGAGUGGAUGGGUUCAGAGUGGAUGCAACUUGAACAGGAAAUGCAAUAGUGUCAUUUAUGAAUCUGAGUUUUGUAAACAAUUUGUAAAAUAGGUCCAGUUAAAUGGAAUUUUGACUGUUUGCUCUCUGGUUACAUCCCCGUAAACACCUCUCCAGUUUUAGCCUUUCUUUUUCAGUCCUUGUCUGUGUAAUUGAUGUUUGUUUAAAAAAGUAAGCAAUGUGUGUUGAUUGAAUGAAAGUUGAACAUCAUAAUAAAAAGCUUUAUUGAAA